UCCCAGGGCCGCUCUGACCGACCGCUCUGCAACUUCUCGCCUCCUCUCCGCCGUGCCUCCCACUGCGGCUCCUCGGCUCCCGGCCCCUCGCCCUCCCACAGCGGGUCUUCCAGCGGCCGCUCUGGCCCAAGCGUCCCCUCGUCUCUCUGAUCUGGCCCAUCCGGCUUGGGAGGGAGGCGCGGGUGGUUGAGCGAAGGGACUGCGUCUAUGGGGUCCAGGCCCGAGCCUCUGAAGACGGGCCCCGCCCCCGGCUGGAGGAGUCUCCCCUGGACCAUCGGAUCCUGGCGUGUCCCAGCCCGCAGCCUCUAUGGAGGCUUCUGCCGGGCCGUAGAGCCUUUCGCCCCCUGGGGACUCACCCGUCUAUAAGGUCCGUUUGGCCUGCAGCAGCCCGAGUCCGUAAUGCUGGACACUGUUUAUGGGGUCGGCCCCCUAUGGGGGCCCGUGUCUAUAGGGGACCCCUAAGGUCCUUAGGGGUCGUCCCCGUCCAUAAUGACUCCAUAUACAGGGCCUUCCAUCGCUCUAUAGGGCCCAGCCCUCGGCUUCCAGAGCCUGUCAGCAGUGGCCAUUCCCUUCGCCGGGACUGCGUCUCCGGGACCUCCUCGGUCUACAAGGCCAUGUUAUGCCUAUAGAGGUCGCAUUUGCAGGGCCUCACGCCGGGUAGAGGGUCCUCUCCAGGUUUUUACUGCCCGUCCCCGCUCUAAGGGUCAGUACAGGAGGCGGCGAUGGCCCUGGGCAAGGCUCUGGCCACGGCACUGGCUUUGGCCUUGGCCGUGCUGGGGUCGCUGUCCCCUGGGGCCCAGGCGGGGGACUGCAAGGGGCAGCGGCAGGUGUUGCGGGAGGCGCCAGGCUUCGUGACGGAUGGUGCUGGCAACUACAGCGUCAAUGGCAACUGCGAGUGGCUCAUCGAGGCCCCAAGCCCCCAGCACCGGAUCCUGCUGGACUUCCUUUUCCUGGACACAGAGUGCACGUAUGACUACCUGUUUGUGUAUGACGGUGACUCCCCGCAAGGGCCGCUGCUUGCCAGUCUGAGUGGGAGCACCCGGCCUCCGCCCAUCGAAGCUUCCUCAGGCAAGAUGCUGCUACACCUCUUCAGUGAUGCCAACUACAAUCUACUGGGCUUUAACGCCUCAUUCCGCUUCUCCCUGUGCCCGGGUGGCUGCCGGAGCCACGGGCAGUGCCAGCCGCCGGGUGUGUGUGCUUGUGAGCCGGGCUGGGGGGGUCCUGACUGUGGCCUACAGGAGUGCUCAGCCUACUGUGGCAGCCAUGGCACCUGCGCCUCGCCCCUGGGACCAUGCCGCUGUGAGCCUGGCUUCUUGGGACGUGCCUGUGACCUGCACCUGUGGGAGAACCAGGGGGCUGGCUGGUGGCACAACGUGAGUGCUGGGGACCCUGCCUUCUCUGCACGUAUUGGAGCAGCUGGUGCCUUCCUGUCCCCACCGGGGCUGCUGGCAGUUUUUGGAGGCCAGGACCUCAACAAUGCCCUGGGUGACCUCGUCCUAUACAACUUCUCCGCCAACACCUGGGAGUCGUGGGACCUGAGUCCUGCCCCGGCUGCCCGUCACUCCCAUGUGGCUGUGGCCUGGGCCGGCUCCCUGGUGCUGAUGGGUGGUGAGCUGGCAGACGGCUCGCUCAUCAACGACGUGUGGGCCUUCAGUCCACUGGGCAGGGGCCACUGGGAGCUCCUGGCACCACCUGCCUCCAGCUCCUCGGGGCCCCCAGGCCUGGCAGGUCAUGCAGCUGCCCUGGUGGAUGAUGUCUGGCUAUAUGUGUCUGGAGGCCGCACCCAGCAUGACCUCUUCUCCUCUGGCCUCUUCCGUUUCCGCCUUGACAGCACCAGCGGGGGCUAUUGGGAGCAGGUGAUUCCAGCAGGUGGACGGCCCCCUGCUGCCACCGGCCACUCCAUGGUAUUCCAUGCCCCGUCCCGUGCCCUGCUGGUCCAUGGUGGACACCGGCCCUCCACUGCCCGGUUCUCUGUGCGAGUGAACUCCACUGAGCUUUUCCAUGUGGAUCGGCGUGUGUGGACGACGCUGAAGGGGCGGGAUGGGCUUCAGGGCCCAAGGGAGAGAGCCUUCCACACAGCCAGUGUUCUGGGCAACUACAUGGUGGUCUAUGGGGGCAAUGUGCACACCCAUUACCAGGAGGAAAAGUGCUACGAAGAUGGCAUCUUCUUCUACCACCUUGGCUGCCAUCAGUGGGUGUCAGGAGCUGAGCUUGCCCCACCAGGAACCCCUGAGGGCCGAGCAGCACCUCCCAGUGGUCGGUACUCACAUGUGGCUGCGGUGCUUGGUGGCAGCGUCCUGUUGGUGGCUGGGGGGUACAGCGGCCGUCCCCGUGGGGACUUGGUGGCGUACAAGGUGCCCCCCUUUGUGUUCCAGGCACCUGCCCCUGACUACCACUUGGACUACUGCUCCAUGUACACAGACCACAGCGUGUGCUCCCGGGACCCGGAAUGCAGUUGGUGCCAAGGAGCCUGCCAAGCUGCACCCCCUCCUGGGACCCCCUUGGGGGCUUGUCCAGCCGCCAGCUGCCUGGGCCUGGGCCGCCUCCUGGGUGACUGCCAGGCCUGCCUGGCCUUCAGUAGCCCCACAGCCCCUCCGCGGGGACCCGGCACCCUGGGCUGGUGCGUGCACAAUGAGAGCUGCCUCCCUCGGCCUGAGCAGGCCCGCUGCCGAGGGGAGCAGAUCUCAGGCACGGUGGGCUGGUGGGGGCCUGCGCCUGUCUUCGUUACGUCCCUGGAGGCCUGUGUCACCCAGAGCUUCCUGCCUGGCCUGCACCUGCUCACCUUCCAGCAGCCGCCCAACACCUCCCAGCCUGACAAGGUCUCGAUUGUCCGCAGCACGACCAUCACCCUGACACCCAGCGCAGAAACAGAUGUGUCCCUGGUCUACCGUGGCUUCAUCUACCCAAUGCUGCCUGGAGGGCCAGGUGGGCCAGGGUCUGAGGACGUGGCUGUGUGGGCCCGGGCCCAGCGCCUACACGUUCUGGCCCGGAUGGCCCGGGGCCCUGACACAGAGAGCAUGGAGGAGGUGGGGCGCUGGGUGGCUCAUCAGGAGAAGGAGACGCGGCAGCUGCAGCGCCCUGGGUCUGCUCGUCUCUUCCCCCUGCCUGGGCGGGACCACAAGUAUGCAGUAGAGAUCCGGGGCCAGCUGAACGGCUCGGCAGGCCCUGGGCACAGCGAGCUCACUCUGCUGUGGGAUCGGACUGGUGUGCCAGGAGGCAGCGAGAUCUCCUUCUUCUUCCUGGAGCCCUACCGCUCGUCGGCCUGCGCCUCCUAUUCCUCCUGCCUGGGCUGCUUGGCAGACCAGGGCUGUGGCUGGUGCCUGACCAGUGCCAGCUGCCACCUGCGCCAGGGUGGAGCCCACUGUGGGGAUGACAGGGCUGGUGGGUCCCUGCUGGUGCUGGUGCCUACCCUCUGCCCACUCUGCGAGGAGCAUCGGGACUGCCAUGCCUGCACCCAGGACCCCUUCUGUGAGUGGCAUCAGAGCACCAACCGCAAAGGAGACGCGGCAUGCAGCCGGCGGGGCCGGGGUCGGGGUGCCAUAAAGAGUCCAGAGGAGUGUCCCCCACUCUGCAACCAGCGACUGACCUGUGAGGACUGCCUGGCCAACUCGAGCCAGUGCGCCUGGUGCCAGUCUACCCACACCUGCUUCCUGUUUGCUGCCUACCUGGCCCGGUACCCACACGGGGGCUGUCGAGGCUGGGAUGACAGUGUGCACUCGGAGCCACGGUGCCAGAGCUGCGAUGGCUUCCUGACCUGCCACGAGUGUCUGCAGAGCCACGAGUGUGGCUGGUGUGGCAAUGAGGACAACCCCACACUGGGACGGUGCCUACAGGGGGACUUCUCGGGGCCCCUCGGUGGGGGUAACUGCUCCCUGUGGGUGGGGGAGGGCCUGGGGCUUCCCGUGGCCCUCCCUGCCCGCUGGGCAUAUGCCCGCUGUCCUGACGUGGAUGAGUGUCGCCUGGGCCUGGCCCGGUGCCAUCCGCGGGCGACCUGCCUGAACACGCCCCUCAGCUACGAGUGUCACUGCCAGCGGGGCUACCAGGGUGAUGGCAUCUCACACUGCAACCGCACGUGCUUGGAGGACUGUGGCCAUGGUGUGUGCAGCGGCUCCCCGGACUUCACCUGCGUGUGUGACCUGGGCUGGACAUCAGACCUGCCCCCGCCCACACCUGCCCCGGGUCCCCCAGCCCCCCGCUGCUCCCGGGACUGUGGCUGCAGCUUCCACAGCCACUGCCACAAGCGGGGCCCUGGCUUCUGCGACGAGUGCCAGGACUGGACAUGGGGAGAGCACUGCGAACGAUGCCGGCCCGGCAGCUUCGGCAACGCCACGGGCUCUCGGGGCUGCCGGCCCUGCCAGUGCAAUGGGCACGGGGACCCACGCCGUGGCCACUGCGACAACCUCAGUGGGCUCUGCUUCUGCCAGGACCACACCGAGGGUGCCCACUGCCAGCUCUGCUCCCCAGGCUAUUAUGGGGAUCCCCGGGCCGGUGGUUCCUGCUUCCGGGAGUGUGGAGGUCGCGUCCUCCUCACCAAUGUGUCCUCAGUGGCACUGGGCUCACGCCGGGUCGGGGGGCUGCUGCCUCCAGGUGGCGGGGCUGGGAGAGCCGGGCCUGGCCUGUCCUAUUGUGUGUGGGUUGUCUCAGCCACUGAGGAGCUACAGCCCUGUGCUCCCGGAACCCUCUGUCCCCCACUCACCCUCACCUUCUCCCCUGACAGCAGCACCCCCUGCACGCUGAGCUACGUCCUGGCCUUUGAUGGAUUCCCACGCUUCCUGGACACUGGUGUUGUCCAGUCGGACCGCAGCCUCAUAGCUGCCUUCUGCGGCCAGCGACGGGACAGACCCCUCACUGUUCAGGCCCUGUCUGGGCUGCUGGUGCUGCACUGGGAGGCCAAUGGCUCCUCAUCCUGGGGCUUCAAUGCUUCGGUGGGCUCUGCCCGCUGUGGGUCAGGGGGCCCUGGGAGCUGCCCAGUCCCCCAGGAAUGCGUGCCCCAGGACGGUGCUGCAGGUGCGGGGCUCUGCCGAUGUCCUCAAGGCUGGGCUGGCCCACACUGCCGGAUGGCUCUAUGUCCUGAGAACUGCAAUGCCCACACUGGGGCAGGAACUUGUAACCAGAGCCUGGGUGUGUGCAUCUGUGCCGAAGGCUUCGGGGGCCCUGACUGCGCCACCAAGUUGGAUGGCGGGCAGCUGGUCUGGGAGACCCUCAUGGACAGCCGCCUCUCAGCCGACACUGCCAGCCGCUUCCUGCACCGCCUGGGCCACACCAUGGUGGAGGGACCUGAUGCCACCUUGUGGAUGUUUGGGGGCCUGGGCCUGCCCCAGGGGCUGCUGGGAAAUCUGUACAGGUACUCAGUGAGUGAGCGGCGGUGGACACAGAUGCUGGCGGGAGCUGAGGACGGGGGCCCAGGCCCAUCGCCCCGCUCCUUCCAUGCAGCUGCAUAUGUGCCCGCUGGCCGUGGCGCCAUGUAUCUGCUGGGGGGACUCACCGCUGGGGGUGUCACCCGUGAUUUCUGGGUCCUCAACCUCACCACUCUGCAAUGGCGGCAGGAGAAGGCCCCCCAGACCGUGGAGCUGCCAGCCGUUGCUGGUCACACCCUUACUGCCCGCCGAGCCCUAUCUCUGCUCCUGGUGGGCGGUUAUUCCCCGGAAAAUGGCUUCAACCAGCAGUUGCUUGAGUACCAGCUGGCGACCGGCACCUGGGUGUCAGGAGCCCAGAGCGGGACACCCCCCACAGGUCUCUACGGUCACUCCGCCGUCUACCAUGAGGCCACCGACUCCCUCUAUGUGUUUGGGGGGUUCCGAUUCCAUGUGGAGCUGGCGGCCCCAUCCCCCGAGCUCUACUCCCUGCACUGUCCUGACCGCACCUGGAGCCUGCUGGCCCCUUCUCAGGGGGCAAAGGAACUCAGGAAGGAGAUGGUUCUGUGGGCUGCUCUUGCCGGCACAGGAGGUUUCCUGGAGGAAAUCUCACCUUACCUAAAGGAGCCCCGUCCCCGGCUUUUCCAUGCCUCAGCCCUGUUAGGGGACACCAUGGUGGUUCUUGGGGGGCGCUCGGACCCUGACGAGUUCAGCAGCGACGUUCUGCUCUACCAAGUCAACUGCAAUACCUGGCUUCUGCCCGACCUCACCCGCCCAGCCUCUGUGGGACCCCCAGUGGAGGAGUCUGUGGCCCAUGCUGUGGCAGCAGUCGGGGGCCGCCUGUACAUCUCCGGGGGUUUCGGGGGAGUGGCCCUGGGCCGCCUGCUGGCACUGACCCUGCCCCCUGACCCCUGCCGCCUGCUGUCCUCACCCGAAGCUUGUAACCAGUCUGGGGCCUGCACCUGGUGCCAUGGGGCCUGCUUGUCCGGGGAUCAGGCCCACAGACUGGGCUGUGGGGGCUCCCCCUGCUCCCCAAUGCCUCGCUCCCCAGAAGAAUGUCGACGUCUCCGGACCUGCAGUGAGUGCCUGGCCCGCCAUCCUCGGACCCUGCAACCUGGAGAUGGAGAGGCAUCCGCUCCCCGCUGUAAGUGGUGUACCAACUGCCCCGAGGGUGCUUGUAUUGGACGCAAUGGGUCCUGCACCUCUGAGAAUGACUGUCGGAUCAACCAGCGAGAGGUCUUCUGGGCAGGGAACUGCUCCGAGGCUGCGUGCGGGGCUGCCGACUGCGAGCAGUGCACACGGGAGGGCAAAUGCAUGUGGACGCGGCAGUUCAAGAGGACGGGGGAGACCCGCCGCAUCCUGUCCGUGCAGCCCACCUAUGACUGGACCUGUUUCAGCCACUCUCUGCUGAAUGUGUCCCCCAUGCCGGUGGAAUCAUCACCCCCACUGCCCUGCCCCACCCCUUGUCACCUCCUACCCAAUUGCACCUCCUGCCUGGACUCUAAGGGAGCGGAUGGGGGCUGGCAACACUGUGUCUGGAGCAGCAGCCUGCAGCAGUGUCUGAGCCCUUCCUACCUGCCGCUGCGAUGUAUGGCCGGAGGCUGUGGGCGGCUACUCCGGGGACCUGAGAGCUGCUCCCUGGGCUGUGCUCAAGCAACCCAGUGUGCCUCGUGCCUGCGGCGCCCCCAUUGCGGCUGGUGUGCCUGGGGGGGCCAGGAUGGAGGCGGUCGCUGCACGGAGGGUGGACUCAGCGGCCCUCGUGAUGGGCUGACGUGUGGGCGUCUGGGGGCCUCCUGGGCCUUCCUGUCCUGCCCCCCUGAGGACGAGUGUGCAAACGGGCACCAUGACUGCAACGAGACGCAGAAUUGCCACGACCAGCCCCAUGGCUAUGAGUGCAGCUGCAAGACAGGCUACACCAUGGACAACGUGACAGGGCUGUGCCGCCCUGUGUGCGCCCAGGGCUGCGUGAACGGCUCAUGCGUGGAGCCCGACCACUGCCGCUGCCACUUUGGCUUUGUGGGUCGCAACUGCUCCACAGAAUGCCGCUGUAACCGCCACAGUGAAUGUGCUGGUGUUGGGGCGCGCGACCACUGCCUGCUCUGCCGCAACCACACCAAGGGCAGCCACUGUGAGCAGUGCCUCCCGCUGUUUGUGGGUUCAGCUGUCAGGGGCGGGACCUGCCGGCCUUGCCACACCUUCUGUCGUGGAAAUAGCCACGUCUGCAUCUCCAAGAAGGAGUUCGAAAUGGCCAAGGGAGAGCCACAGAAGUACUCACUGGACCCAGAGGAGAUUGAAAACUGGGUGACAGAGGGUCCUAGUGAAGACGAGGCCAUGUGUGUGAACUGCCAGAAUAACAGCUAUGGGGAGAAAUGCGAGAGCUGCCUGCAGGGCUACUUCCUCCUGGACGGGAAGUGCACCAAAUGCCAGUGUAACGGCCACGCGGACACAUGUAACGAGCAGGAUGGGACGGGCUGUCCGUGUCAGAACAACACAGAGACAGGCACAUGCCAGGGCAGCUCCCCCAGUGACCGUCGAGACUGCUACAAGUACCAGUGUGCCAAGUGCCGAGAAUCAUUCCAUGGGAACCCGCUGGGCGGCCAGCAGUGCUACCGCCUCAUCUCAGUGGAGCAGGAGUGCUGCCUGGACCCCACGUCGCAGACCAACUGCUUCCAUGAGCCCAAGCGCCGGGCACUAGGCCCUGGCCGCACUGUCCUCUUUGGUGUGCAGCCCAAAUUCACCAACGUGGACAUCCGCCUGACGCUGGACGUGACCUUUGGGGCCGUGGACCUCUAUGUCUCCACCUCCUAUGACACCUUCGUGAUCCGUGUGGCCCCUGACACUGGCGUCCAUACUGUACACAUCCAGCCACCCCCACUUCCGCCACCCCUUGCAGAUGGUGGGCCCCGGGGGGCCGGGGAUCCAGGAGGAGCAGGAGCCAGCAGUGGCCCAGGCACCCCAGCAGAGCCACGGGUACGGGAGGUGUGGCCACGGGGCCUGAUUACCUACGUGACAGUGACGGAGCCGUCAGCAGUGCUGGUGGUCCGCAGUGUGCGGGACCGGCUGGUCAUCACCUACCCACAUGAGCACCAUGCCCUCAAGUCGAGCCGCUUCUACCUGCUGCUGCUGGGCGUGGGAGACCCAAGUGGGCCCGGUGCCAACGGCUCAGCCGACUCGCAGGGCCUGCUCUUCUUCCGGCAGGACCAGGCCCACAUCGACCUGUUUGUCUUCUUCUCCGUCUUCUUCUCCUGCUUCUUCCUCUUCCUCUCACUCUGUGUGCUCCUCUGGAAGGCCAAGCAGGCUCUGGAUCAGCGGCAGGAGCAGCGCCGGCACUUGCAGGAGAUGACCAAGAUGGCCAGCCGCCCCUUCGCCAAGGUCACUGUCUGCUUCCCACCUGACCCUACUGCCCCGGCCCCUGCCUGGAAGCCAGCUGGACUCCCACCGCCCGCCUUCCGCCGCUCUGAGCCCUUCCUGGCACCCCUGCUGCUGACAGGGGCCGGUGGUCCCUGGGGACCCAUGGGAGGGGGCUGCUGCCCGCCAGCCAUCCCUGCCACCACUGCUGGGCUGCGAGCUGGGCCCAUCACCCUCGAGCCCACAGAAGAUGGCAUGGCCGGCGUGGCCACCCUGCUGCUCCAGCUGCCUGGCGGGCCCCAUGCACCCAAUGGCGCCUGCCUCGGGUCAGCCCUCGUCACACUGCGGCACAGGCUGCAUGAGUACUGUGGGGGUGGCGGGGGUGCUGGGGGCAGUGGGCAUGGGGCUGGUGUGGGCCGGAAGGGACUGUUGAGCCAGGACAACCUCACCAGCAUGUCCCUCUGACAUGCCGAGGGUCCUCAUCCACAGCAGCCAGGUCACCCAAUGGGGCCGCCCUGGACUUGGGGUCCCUUCACCUGGGGGCCCCUGGACACUGUCUCCUUGGAGACCACUGGCUCCCUUCCCCCAGGGGUGCCCCGACGGGGCCUCCUUUGUUCUGCAUUCAGCAGCUAUUUAUUGAGUACCUACUCUGUCAGGCACUGUCAUAGGCGUGGGGCAAAGCAGGAAAGGAGAGACGAGGUUCCCUGAUCUCAUGGUACUUAGGUUCUAGUGAAGGGAGACAAUCAGUUCACACGCACACAUCCCACAUGCACACACACAUGAACACUUGCACAUGUGCACACAUGAGUAACAUGGUUUCAGAGAGGGAGAAGUGCUGUGAGGCUUCAGAGGACGUGGCAGUGUGGGACGACGGGGUGAAGUCAGCUGGACAUUCAGAGAAGCUAGACUGAGAACGCUUGGGAAGAACCAGCCAUGGGAAGAGCUUCAGGAAGUGAAGGCAGAGGCCCUGGGGUGGGAGCAGGCUUGUUUUAUUGGAAGGACUGGAAAACUGGCAAGUGUGACCCAGAUCAAGUGUGAGGAGAUGAGACUGGGGACAGGCAGGGGCUGGAUCACCCAGGGCCUUGUGGACCCCACCCAGGGUUUUGGGUUUUAUUCUCAGGGCAACGGGAAGCCGUUGGAUGGUUUGAUGAAGGGGAGUGACAGGAUCCGAUGUACCUAUUUCAGAAUUUAAGAGGGCUGGGCGCGGUGACUCAUGCCUGUAAUCCCAGCACUUUUGGGAGGCCAAGGCGGGCUGAUCACAAGGUCAGGAGUUCGAGACCAUUCUGGCCAAUAUGGUGAAACCCUGUGUCUACUAAAAAUACAAAAAUUAGCCGGGCGUGGUGGCGCACAC